AUGCGCGACGAGCGUGCUCGGGAAGCGGCCGCGGGCGACGCGGAGCUUCCGCCGGAGGACGACGCGGUCGAGAUGGCGAGCGCCGCCCACGUGCUGGACAGCGUGGCGGAGGUGGGCCCGAACUACACCCUGCUGCGCAGCAAGGAGACGAAGGCGAAGCGGCGGAAGCGACAGCGCGAGGAUGCCAGGGCGGCGCUCGACGGCCACACUGUCCUGCCCACCGGAUCGCGCCUCGAGAUCUUCUGCGACAGCGAGCGGUGGUACCCUGCGACCGUCAUGGCGCGGGAGGAGGACGGGGACGGACGGAUCGUGCACGAGGUCGAGUACGACGGCUACCCGGAUCGGCGGUGGUGGCACAUGCUGGACGAGGAGCGGUGGCGCGCCGUCCCAGAGCAGGCCGGCGCGGGCGCAGGCGGCGCUGCCGGAGACGGGGAUGGGGAUGCGGCGAUGGACCGCGUGGACGGCGAGCAUGGCGCCCGUGCCGCGGGCGACGCCGAGGCGGCCGAGGUGCGGCCGGCGCCGCCUCCUGUGCGCCGGGGCGUGCGGCGCAGCGCGCUGGCGGACGCCCUCGAGGCGGAGGAUGACGAGCAGCAGGAGGAAGCUGCGCGUGGCGAUGGGCGGCCGAUGCUAGCGCCCCACGGGCCGGCGCUGUCGGCGCAGCUUCGGGUCGUGCGCCUGCGGCUGCGCGAGUUCCUGGCGACGCAGGCCGCGGCGGGGAAGAGCGUGCCGAUGCAGCGGACGGCCCUCGGUCUGCACCCGACGAUGCGGUGGACGAUCCGCUUCGGCAAGUGGCUGGCGACGACGCGAAUCACCGCGCCGAGGGCGAGCCGGUGGCACGCGACCGAGCGGGGCGAUUUGCGCGACGAGGAGCCGACGGUGCGCACGGGUCGCGGCGAGAACACGGUCUACGUCGCGCUGCAGCACAUGAAGAACCACGUGUGGCGCGAGAUCUGGCCGGCGAUGCCGAGCGACGCGAGGCACUCCUACUCGGUCCCGAGCCCCUUCACCUUGGGCGGAAUGCAAGCAUUCCUCGACGGGAGGACGCUGUCGAGGAUUUCGCCCCGCUCGAUUUUCGCGAACUACCAGACGCUUACUGUGGCACCCUGCGACGAUCUCGACCCGGAGGAGGUUCACGAGACGUGGUACCUGGACUCGGUGAAAGAGGAGCUGAAGGAGGCGCAGGAACGCGCCACUCGUUCCGAGGCCACAGUUAAGUCGCUCGAGGCGCAGCUCAAAAGCGCGCACCGCUCGCGCGAGGACCAGGUCGCCGUGCAGGCCACCGUCAUCGAGUCGCUGCAGAAGACCAUCAAGGCGUACAAGGAGGCGGCCGAGCAGCAGCGCGCCACGGCGUCGCCGGGCUGCCCCGUGCGCCUUGGCGAGGCCGCGUCUUGCCUGGGGCACUGCUGCGUCGGCUUCAGCGGGGUGGUGGGGGCCUUCGUCGCGUGCCGCAAGGCGCGCGACUGA